GGAGGGGCUGGAUCAAGUAACCUUCCUAUGAGUUACACUGGAAGUUAUCUGCUUCUGUUUUAAGAAACAUUUUAGAUAUGGAUAAAGAAGCAAAAAUACAAAUUAGAAAUAUUAAAUUAGCAAAACACUAAGGAAACCAGUGAUCUACUCAUCUUCUCUACUGGGCAUGGCUUUGGGGGGAGUUUAAAACAUAUAUUUUAUAUCAUUCAAGUGUGUUUAUAAGGUUGGAUUUGAACGCACAUGCUAUUUUUAUGUUUUAAUUUCCUGAAUCAGGCUGGGAAGAAAAAUCAAAACAGUUAUUGGCUACAGUCUUUAUCCAUGAUAAUUGUGCUAGAAAUUCUCUACAUAGCUGUUUCUCCUGCAUCACAAGCAUUUCCUUUUUUCCUUUUAGUGUAGGCGUGACUUUUAAUUCUGGCCACAACAUUUGAACCCCACCCUACUUUUAAUUUUUAUUUUUUUCCACACUCGUUCCCUUCCUGAUCAAGCACACUAUUUGAAGUAAACCCACCCCUUGAGUGCUCCUGUUGACCCCUUCAGUCCAGUCUGGAUCUAUUAGAUGUGGAGCUACAGGCCUACUCUGGAAACCGGGGUGCUUUUGUUAAACCAGAGGAAGAGGAAAAAAUUAUAAUAAUAAUGAUAACAAUAUUUUAUUUUAAUUUUUAUUGUUAUUAUUUUUUAUUAUUAUUAUGACUGCACACAUGGGGAGAAGGGCGAUGAAAAAACACAUCUGUCUCCAGCAGGGUUUUCUCUAAAUGCCCCAGUCCCCACAUUGAGGAAGAGCCAAGCUUUGGGAUUGGGCAGCGACCAGAUAGCGUAACACCCCCCUCCUCCUCCUCCGUGUAGAGAAUUGCGUUAAACCCGAAAAGGAAAAGGCCUGCGCUUUAUCACUAUCACAGGAUUAUUUUUUUAUUUUCCCCAUUUUAUUUCGCCCAUAGAUUACACGCGGGGACGUUGCUGGCUGGUGUAUGUGUUUAGAAUGGGACACGCUGAAGGUCCAGUCAAAGAAAAAGACAGUUAAGGAUGCAGGAGCCCAACAAUGGAUUUCUCCUUCUCUUUCAUGCAAGGGAUCAUGGGAAAUACAAUUCAGCAACCCCCUCAGCUCAUUGACUCAGCCAACAUCAGACAGGAAGGCACCUGCGACACCGGUAGUGACCCGGGUGAGGAUGGUGGUCCCUCCUACGAUGCUGCCCUGGAUGCAGAGUUCUACCCGCCGUCAGCCUCGGAGGACAUGCAGCAGGUCUCCAACGGCUUCCCGCCUGGCCUGGGCAUAUACGAGCCGCAGGCCAAGUUUUCCAUGUACUCGCAGUUCCCCAACGGCUCGGCCAAUGGCUACGGGGCCAUACGGAGCUACGGGGAGCAUGGUCUCCUUCCUGGGGAGGCGACGGUCCUGAGAGGACCGGGUCUCCAUGAGAGACCGUUGUCUCCUGUGUCUCCCCCACUGCCGACACAUCACCCACACCUCCACCACCACCACCAUCACCCACAUCACCACCACCACGCACACCACUUCCACUCAAACCCGCCUCAUAUACAAACCCACCCACAUGUCGCAAGUCCCCUGCCGCUGCCACUGCCCUCCCAGCACCACCUGUCCCAGACGCCUCACAUCAUGACCCACACUCUCCCCCCUCCUCCUCCAUUACACCUGCCUUCCUCCAGUCCUCCCCCCUCACUUGUGGACAGUACACCCUCUUCUCAACCCUCCCACGCCCUGUCCAACACCCCCGGUGGGGUGCUGAAGAAAACCAGCUCUCCCGAGAUCAAACUAAAGAUCAUCAAGACGUAUCAGAAUGGAAAAGAGCUGUUCGAAUCUGCGCUGUGUGGAGACCUACUGCAAGAGCUGCAGAAGGAGUCUCAGAAGACUGAGGCUGCUCAGAUGCAGCGCAGACAUGAGAGGAAGAAAGAGAGGAGGAAAAAGAGUGCAAGGCUGCAGCUGCAGGUCCAGGAAGAGAGCCUGGAGCAGAGCCAACCACAGGCAGGUACCACGGGCCAGACAGAGGACACCCACGUCCAGCUCCAGCUGGGAGAGACGCCCCCAGCCCAGUCAGAGAAGCCUCAGAAGACGGUUAUCAAAACUGAACCAAAGACGCCGAAGGUUCCGAAGGUACAUCAUCCGUCAGUUAUCCAAGAAACAGGCUUCUGUAAGGAGUUUGUGAUUGGAGAUUUGGUGUGGUCCAAGGUGGGCACUUACCCCUGGUGGCCCUGCAUGGUCUCCUCUGACCCACAGAUGAAGGUCCAUACCCGCAUCAACACCAGGGGUCACAGGGAGUAUCACGUCCAAUUCUUUGGCAGUGUUGCAGAGCGAGCGUGGAUCCAUGAGAAGAGGAUUGUCAUGUACCAAGGGAAGCAACAAUUUGACGAGCUUCAGUGCGAGACUCUGCGCAAAGCAACAAACCCCGUAGAGAAACACAAACUUCUGAAGCCUAUCCCUCAGCGGGAGCGAAGUCAGUGGGAGGUGGGUGUGGGCCACGCUGAGGAUGCCUUUGUGAUGACGAAGCAGGAGCGGAUUGACAACUACACCUUCAUCUAUGUUGACCCGGACCCCAAUGAAGCCACAGCCAGCAAGAAACUGAGUGUCAGAGCUGAGAAACGAAACCGGCGCUCCAGCGGCUCAAUCGGCAAGAAGGAAGACGGAGGAGUGAAGUCACCAGACAGAGAGCAGCCUCCACGAAGGCUGCUGCCACGCAGACAGUGCAGUGUUUCAAACACAGACGACAACACAAACUCUCAGGCCUCAAACGAAGAGAAGAUCCAGAGGGGGGACCAGCGUAAGACCGGCUCCCCAAAGCAGAACGCUGGUUGUGAUGAACUGCCAGACUCUCCGCCACCAGUUAGGGCCUGGAAAACAGCAGCCGCCAGAAAGCUACUGCCUCUCUCCAUCACCAUGAAGAGGCUGAAUGUGGAGAUCACAAAGUGUGACUGGCCUCUCUUGCAGAAAAAAGCAGUUCCGUCUCCAAAACAAGACCAAGAAGAAGAGAAGGAGGAGGAGACAGUGGAGAGAGAGGCCAGGCAGCCUGACCUGGGAUACUGCUCUCCUGAGGAUAGCAGAGCUAAACCUGAGCCAAGUCCUGAGGAGGAGGAAGACGGGGAUGAGGGGGAGGAAGAGGGGGAGGAGAGGAGAGGCUCCCCGGCCAGUCGGAGGAGUGAGGAGGGGGGAAUGCAGCAGACCUCCUCCCCUGGAUCACACCACAGUAGUCCACACGGUUCUCAGGAGAGGAAGCUCCAGCGACGGUCAGUCAGAAGCAGGUCUGAGUCGGAGAGAGGCGGGGAUCCGGUCCCUAAGAAGAAAACCAAAAAGGAACAGGCGGAGAUGGCCCCUGAAACCACACUGAGGACAGGUUCACAAAAAGGUGCAAGUGAGAUAUCAGAUGCCUGCAAGCCCCUCAAGAAGCGGAGCAGAGCGUCCACAGAUGUUGAGAUGGCUUCGUCUCAGUACAGAGACACCUCUGAUUCGGACUCCAGAGGCCUCAAUGAUCCACAGGGUUUAUUCGGGAAGAGUCUUGAUAGUCCGGCAGCAGCAGAUGCAGAUGCUUCCGAUACGCAGUCUGUGGAUUCCGGCUUGUCCCGUCAGGACGGCAACGCUGGCAGGAGAGACACCGUGUGCCAGAUCUGUGAGGUGUACGGAGAAGGUUUGGUGGUGUGUGAAGGCGACUGCAGCAGGCAGUUUCACUCGGAGUGUCUCGGCCUGACGUCCCUACCCGAGGGCAGGUUCACGUGUUUGGAAUGUAGGAAUGGCAAUCAUCCUUGUUUUAGCUGUAAAACCGUGGGCCAGGAGGGCCAGGAGGUGACGCGCUGCUCCGUGUUGGGAUGUGGUUGUUACUACCACGAGGACUGUGUCCGAAAGCUCCCUGGCACCACCAGCAGUCCGGACGGAGGCUUCUGCUGCCCUCAGCAUAGCUGCUCUACCUGCUGUCUGGAGAGAGACCUGCAACGAGCCACUAAAGGUCGUCUGAUGCGUUGCAUCCGCUGUCCGUUGGCCUAUCACACGGGAGACAGCUGCGUGGCGGCGGGCAGCGUCAUCCUCACCCACCACAUCAUGAUCUGCAGCAGCCACGGCAGCGCCAAGAGGAACGGGCUCCUCACCUCUCCCAUCAACGUGGGCUGGUGCUUCCUGUGUGCCCGAGGGCUGUUAGUGCAAGACCUUACUGACACCAUAUUAAGUUCAUAUGCCUAUAAGUCCCACUACCUUCUGACUGAGUCAAAUCGUGCUGAGUUGAAAUUACCUAUGAUUCCCUCUCCUUCGUCAGCUACCAAAAAGAAUGUUGGGAAAGGAGGAAAGUUGCUGUGCUGCGACUCAUGCCCAGCUUCCUUCCACCCGGAGUGUUUGGAGAUCGAGAUGCCGGAGGGAGCGUGGUCCUGCAGUGAUUGCAGGGCCGGGAAGAAACCUCACUACAAACAAAUUGUCUGGGUCAAACUGGGCAACUACAGGUGGUGGCCUGCGGAAAUCUGCAACCCUCGCUUGGUGCCAUCAAACAUUCAGAGCCUUCGCCACGACGUCGGCGACUUCCCCGUCUUCUUCUUUGGCUCCCACGACUACUACUGGAUCAACCAGGGCCGCGUCUUCCCUUACGUGGAGAACGACAAGAACUUUGUCACUGGUCAGAUCAACAUCAACAAAACCUUCAAGAAAGCUCUGGAAGAAGCAGCCCGGCGGUUUCAGGAGCUUAAGGCACAGAGGGAAAGCAGGGAGGCUCUAGAGCAGGAACGCAACUCUCGCAAACCUCCACCCUACAAAUUAAUCAAGUCCAACAAACCAGUGGGCAAAGUGCAGGUGCAUGUAGCGGACUUGUCAGAAAUCCCACGGUGCAACUGCAGACCAGCAGACGAGCAUCCUUGCAGCCUCGACUCCCAGUGUCUCAACCGCAUGCUUCAGUACGAGUGUCAUCCACAGGUGUGUCCUGCAGGAGACAGCUGUGAGAACCAGUGUUUCUCCAAGCGGCUGUAUGCAGAGACAGAAGUGAUGAAGACCGACGGUCGUGGCUGGGGCCUCACGACAAACCAGGCUCUUAGGAAGGGCGACUUUGUGACAGAGUACGUGGGAGAAGUGAUAGACUCGGAGGAGUGCCAGCAGCGAAUCAAGCGUGCCCAUGAAAAUCACGUGACCAACUUCUACAUGCUCACCCUCACCAAGGAUCGAGUGAUAGACGCCGGCCCAAAAGGAAACUCUGCUCGGUUUAUGAACCACAGCUGCAGCCCAAACUGUGAAACCCAGAAGUGGACAGUGAACGGGGACGUUCGCAUCGGACUCUUCACCCUUUAUGAUAUCGAGGCUGGCACAGAGCUGACGUUCAACUACAACCUGCACUGUGUGGGCAACAGGAGAACGUCCUGUCACUGUGGAUCAGACAACUGCUCUGGGUUCCUCGGGGUGCAGCCAACGAGUGCCGUGGUGAUGGAGAAAGAGGAGAAGGCCAGGAACGCCAAGCUGAAGCCGAAGAAGCGGAAGCUGCGGCCGGAGGGAAAACACACACACGAGUACUUCUGUUUUUGUUGUGGAGAAGGAGGAGAGCUGGUGAUGUGUGACAGGAAGGACUGUCCGAAAGCGUACCACCUGCUGUGUCUCAACCUCACUAAGCCGCCAUACGGACGCUGGGAAUGUCCGUGGCAUGACUGCAGCGUUUGUGGCGCCGCAGCCUCGUCACUGUGCGACUUCUGCCCGCGCUCGUUCUGCCAGGAUCACGAGGCAGGGGCGCUCACCGCCUCCUCCCUGGAAGGCCGCCCCUGUUGUUCCAGUCACAACCCCCUCAGUCCCCUGGACGCCGACUCCAGCUCGACCCAGCUGCGCCACUCUGCUCUGAGCACCGUCGGGAUCAAAGAGGAGCCGGAGACGGGCCAGCAGGCCGCAGAGUGACGCCGCGGCUCCCUCAAUACCUCAUUCCCUGUAAAUUGCGCUCUUGUUGGCCCCCUGGGCUCCGGUCCAACUUUGACCCGAAGCAGUGCACCAAAAAAGGGAAUACAGUGCUUUUUGACCAGUGUGAUGGCUGCUACUCAGCGCCGAGACACGACAAUGUGCACCGCAUGGAUUGUCAGCAUUGGAAGUGACCAGGAAUCAUUGUGCGCCACUUUCCCUACUUGCACCACCGCUAUAACGCUCUUUCCGGCUCACCUGCGUCCAUCGGAGGGGCCCGGACCACCACCACCACCUCAUCAUGUUUCUUUUUUUUUUUUCUUUUUACAGUUGGGGAAUUUGUGUUGUCACGUCGUCAGUUACGGGCACUUAAGAACUUACUGAGUGAGGCGGAGGGAGAUGUGAGGCUGAACCUCUCCACCACCACCACGCUGCUCAUCUCCUCGUUUACCUGCUGUAAGCUGUGGUCGGCAUCUCACACACGGGAAGGCUUUAGUGGAAAUGAGCCCGCCUUCCUCCAUCACUCCUCGACCUGAUCUGUCAUCGUAUUUAUCUCCUCUUCUUCUUGCAGAGGAGUAGAGGAGGGGAAAGUGACCGAUUUUGUGCAAUUUUUUUCAGGACCACACUACAUUCCAACCUUCCUUAAACACGGUUUUAAUAUACUUAUGGGUAUAGAUGAAUAUAAUUAUAUACAGUAUCUAUGUUUGUUCAUGUUUACAGGCAGAUUCUCUCACUUCAUCUCAGUGAGUGGUGUAUUACGUUUGUUUGUUUAGGUGUUAAGCAUUACGCAGACCUCUUUGUGAAAAUAGUCCUAUUAAGGUGAAAUAUAAUGGUAUAUAGUGUAAUGGUAUGACAUUACAGAAGUACUUGUGAUUUUCAUAUUGCCAGUCUCACUUGCCAUUGUGUACAUAAUUGGCUCACGACAUUGUAAAGUACUUAAAGAUCAGGAGGGACGGAGCCUCGCCUCACUGGUUGUUCCUAGAAGAAGGAAAAGCUUUUUUAAACAACAAGACAGAUCAUUUUUAUUUUCCUUUUGGAUAAACAAAGUUUCCUUUCUCACAUUUCCUCCGAACAGUUACUGGUAUUUGUAUUGUAGAUCGAGGUGCCCAGCUUGUGAUCACUGGUGCUGUCUUAAAAGUAUUGUUAACCAGCCUUAAGUUUGAUUCUGGCUGUAGCAACUACUGCCCAGUUGCAGUCCAUUUCAGUAACACUAUGUACUGUGACCGCUUUAAUGCUCGUUUAGUUUUAUUUUUCUUUAAUCUUCCAUUUGUUGUUUUUGCCAAACUUUUUCUGAAAAGCACUUUCACACACGGCUUGUCGCUACACAAUUUAGCUAGGUCAUAUACAGAAAUGUAUAUUAAAAAGAACAUAUGACAAGUGUUUCAAAAUGGAUACCUCUUCUUCUUGUAGUAACGUCGGAAUUUAAACUGUGUACUAACUGUUUUUGCUCUUGGUCAGAAACGCGGUGCGUGUUGGGCGUAGUUUUUUUUUUUUUUUUUUUUUUUUUGAAGAAAGUGCCCUAAAAGCAUCUUUUUUUGUUGUGGUUCUUUUGGGCACAAAAGUAGAAAUGACUGCCAGCCUGGCUUCAUACAAAAAAAAAAGUCCUCAGUGUCGUCGAGAGACACUUCUUUCAACCUGGAAAGGAUCCUCAAUGCUGGGCUUUAUAUAAAGACAUAAUGGUAUAGCGACAGUCCAGUUCAGUAUAAUGUACAAAAUACAAAACUUCUGUACAGUGUUUUUAAUCACUCAUCUGUCAAAUCCAUUGUGUGUGUAUUUUUUGCUCCACAUUUUCUACUACUUUUCUUUUUCAAACACCAGUACAGUAAUGUGUCUCCCUGUCCAACACAGUGUACGUGAAAUAGACUAUUUAAAAGAACAUGGGGAGUUUUUACAUAUUGUAUCUGUAUCUAAUCAUUGCACACGUGAGGUUCGUUUCUUUAUUGAUUUGGUGUAAUGAUUCCACAUUUGGUAACGGCUGCUGCUCAUCGACCUGUAUCGUGGCUCACUGUAAUUGGUGUUUCAAAAGCGGUUCGAUAUUGGAAUGUGAAGUUUCUGUUUCAGAGCAGUGCUUGGUUCAGUCUGGACUCAAAAUGAUCAUCGCAGGAGGAAGGAAGCUUCCCUGUCCUCAUUCUUCGGCCAUUUGCUCGUGAUUCUUCGCUGAUUACACAACCUUUUUUUAAUUUAAUUUUAUUGUUUUAUUUCUUUUCUUAUUUUUUUUUUAUCCUCCUGCAGUGGUGGGUGUUUAAAGCCGAGCCAAAGUGUUAAACGGUGCCAAUGUUUUCCAAAUCAUUUCAGUUCCAUUUGAAUGCAUAAGGUAGAGGAACUCCGUUGCCAGGUUUAUUAGGCACAUGGAGCUAAAACUAAUGCAGUGUAGCAAAGCAGCCCCGCAACAACUCCUACCUGUUAUGAAUGUUAGAAUUUUCAGUUUCCCCCCCAAGGCGAUUAUGUUUUCACCCGUGGCCGUUUGUAUGUUUGUUUGUUUGUUAGCAGGAUUACACCAAAACUAAUUUCCAUGAAAACUUAGUGGAAGGAUGAGACAUGGGCCAAGAAAGAACCCAUUACAUUUUAGAUGGAUCCACACAAUGUGUUACUGAGUUUAAACUGUUUUUAAAAAAGCUGUUGAUUCCAUUAAUUUAUCAUUUUGGAGGCUUUAGUUUGUGAAUGCAUUGGUAUACACAGUUGGACUACACAGUUCUACAACACCAAAAACUAUUGACUCCAAAAUCAUCAUCCAGUUGAAAUAAAAAACUGAACAUGCAGGUUUCAUUUUGCAGGACUGUUGUACUAGACUGCACACGUCUUUUACAAAUUCAAUCAUUCAGCCAAACGCCUAAAGAAAGAAAAAAGGACAGGAGCUAUUGAAUUUUUUUUUUAAAAGGAGAAAAAUUAUUAGGAAUGUAUUAGAAAAUUAGAACAAUUUCAAUUGCAGCUAUUCCUUUGCCCAGGCAUAGGAUUUCACUUUGCUGAAACUCACCUUUUCCAGUGAUUUGGGUUCAUGUUUCCCCUUUUCACUUAUGGAAAGUGUUUUAUUUGACCACCAAACUAGUUGUGACGACACAAAAUCAUCGGCAAAUUUGUUGAGAAAUAGCCUUUAGUGUUCAAACUGCGCACGCGUCUUUCUGCACAGUCGGGGUCGAGUAAAGUAAACAAAUGGCCAUUUCAUAACGCAAAAUAAAUGCACAAAUACAGACAUUUAAUUUGACAAAGAAGGCAAAAAAAAAGAGGCUUUGCCUUUAAAGACCUCUAUUAUCUGUAGCUUUUCUCCUUUCUUCUUUUGUUUAAUUAUAGACCUUUUUAGGAAUAUUUUUAUUGGAUUCAUUAAAAAAAAACUCAAGCCAAGCUUGCUGAUUUCCUAGUGCAGCUAAUCCCAGUUUAAAAUCUUGCCAAACUCUUUUUUCUUUCAUUUGCAUACUCAAAACUUGAAUUUUCUACAUAUUGUUUUAAUUUAUUUUUUUUUACAUAGGAUUCAUAUACAUUAUGUGUGAUUAUCAGGCAACAGGCAUUCUUGACUCUUGUUGUUGUGGCUUCAGGAAAAAAAAAAAAGUCUUGACCAAUAAGUUGAAAUGACAAAACUGGUAUAAAAGCCGUUUUUGUUUUCUUUUUCUUUUCAGGGCGACUGUUGCUCAACUGUAAUGCAUGCUUCCAACACCACACACUGGUUUUUAAUCCACUUCUGUAAUCAUUUGGAGCUUCUUUAAAUGCCUAGUUGAUGUUUGUUUUUGUCUUUGUUUUCCUUUUCUUUUCUGUUUUCUUCUCCAUAUUGCACAGAGAUUUUGUAAAACCGAAUAGCCCUUACUUUUUUCUUUUGCACAUGCGGAUGGCGUGAUCGUCUUACUUUGUGCCAGCUUGUCCUCUUCUGCCCCUUUCAGCUGAUACAGCAGCAGUGUUACAAACGCCUAAUUUAAGUGUCCCAGCGUGCGUCGUUUCAGUCACUUAAGAUAUUAUCUGAUGUAUGUGUUUCGUUGGUUUACUCUCAGUAUAGUGCCCACAUUUUUAUUUUUUAGCAUGCUUGUUCUCAUUUAAGUGACCCUUAAAUACGUCUGAGGAGUGUCCCAGGAAUUUGCUAAUUAUUAUUUCUUUUUAUAUAAAACUAAAUUUAGUAUGUCAAAGGGUAUGUUUCCGUUCACUGUGACGUCUUUUUAGUUUUUCGUGCAAUGUUGCAGACAGUCAAUGAGUUUUGAAUCGACAUGCUGUCCGAGGACAAAUAGUGUUGGAACUAAAUAAAUGAAUUCACCUACAUAAGCACUCAUCAUCUCUUUUUUCUCGUAGUAAAAUUGCUUACAGUAACUCUAACUGGGGUCAUAUCUAUCUUGUGAUGUUGCUUCAAGUAAAUACGUGGAUGAACACAAAAUACCAUGUUGAUUACUGUUCAACCUGUGUUACUGCAUACUGCAUAUUGUUGAGGAACUUGUAAAUAGUUUGCAUUGAACUUGCAUAGAAUCAUGUUACUGUGGCGUGCUCUUUUUUGCUUGUACAAUUCUGCUUCUAAAUGUGUGUGUGACUGUUGAGAUGACACUCUUUUUGUACAUGACUGUCUUUUUAUUUGAGAAUAUUGAUUCUGUCCUUUUUCAUUCUAAAGUUGAGUUUUGAAGAGUUCAGAAAUGCCUGAAGUUUGACUUUAAUAAAGCUGUACUCUGUCUCAGUGAAA